AUGCUCUCAGCCUAUCCUCUGCUUCUGCUCGGUCUUGCCGCGCUCGUUGUCCUGUCAUGGAAGCGGCGUGCACGCGACAGGUAUUACGGCCUGCCAACCGUCGGCCGCCCCGACGACACAGACUUCCGCAAUGCUCUCGAACAGGGCGCUCGCAAGUACCCAGACGACCCGUACGUGAUCCCAGACGACCCGCCCAUGGUGAUCCUGCCACACCGAAUGGUCGAGCGGGUCAAGUCGCUGCCCGAAGCCCAGGCAUCCGCCGACAAGAACGUGUACCGACGCGGGCUGGGGCAGUACACGGACCUGGGCAAUCCGCUGCCCGCCCUCUUUGACGGCAUUCGCGUCGACCUUACGCGCCACAUCCGCGACCUGAUUCCGGGCAUGCAGGAAGCCAUCGCCUUGGGCUUCGACGACGUCAUGGAUUCCGCCGGCGGUGGCGCCAAACACGCCGCCGUCUGCGUCUUCCCGGCCAUGAAGCGCAUCGUUGCCCACUCCAGUGCCGCCGCCUUUGUCGGGCCCGAGCUGGCGCGUGACGGGGCCUGGAUCGCCGCGACAAUGCAGUACUCAACGGACCUGAAGAUGACGUUUGCCGCCUUCCACCGCAUAGCGCCGCUGCUGCGUCCGCUGGCGGCCCCGUUUCUGUUCCGGCGGCUGGGCAUCAGCGAGCGGCGCCGGGCCGUCGAACAGAUGCUCGACCACCACCAGAACCAAGCCGUCCGUCCUGGCGAGCCGGAGCGGCUGAUUGACUGGGUGUGGGCUCGCCUCAGCCCCCAUCAGCGCACGCCGCAGAUGGUUGCCCGCACCCAGCUCCGCGCCGCCCUCGCCGGCUCCGACACGGUCGCCCAUACCCUGACCAACGCUGUCUACGACCUGGCAGCUCACCCAGACUGCGCCCAGGAGCUACGCGCGGAGAUCGAGGCCACGGCCCCCGGUGUCUGGGACAUGGCUCGGCUGAAGAAGCUGGUCAAGAUGGACAGCUUCUUGCGCGAGUCGGCACGCCUGCACCCCAUAUUCAUGACGGCUGUGGGGCGUGUCUUGACGGCGCCGCUGCCGCUCGACGACGGGCGUCCCGCACUGCCCGCGGGUGCCGUCGUCGGCUUCUCGCAGAACUUGGCCCACUUCGAUGCCUCGACCCAACCCGGCCCGGCUGACCGCAAUGCUUUUGAUCCGUGGCGGUUCAGCCGUCUGCGCUCUGCUGCUGCGCCCGCCGACGACGCCAACAGCAACAACGCCGAUGCCCGCCUGCUAUUCACCACGACGGGCGACUCCAAUCUGACCUUCGGCCACGGCGUGCACGCCUGCCCCGGCCGCUUCUUCGCCGACGCCGAGAUCAAGCUGAUUCUGGUCCAUCUGCUGCUGGCCUACGACGUCGCCUUGCCCGAGGGGACUGUCCGGCCCCGGGACACGUAUGUCAAGUUUACCGUUGCGGUGGAUCGUAGUGCGGCUAUCUUGUUCAAGCCGAGACUGUGA